AUGUUCUUUCUUACUAUCCUCUGCAUAUCAAUACUGUUACCGAUAUGCGUUGAUGCUCAACCGAGCUUCCGCGUCAUGACUUUCAACAUCUGGAACUGCGGCGGGAAUGUGAACGAUGGGGUGGCGAAGAUCGCAAAGCAUAUUCUGCUGGUUAACCCAGACAUUGUGGCAAUGCAGGAGGUCGAGUACGAGAAAUGCGCCGAGAACAUCACCCAAUAUCUGCCCUCCAGCUGGCAUUUCGUGCACCCCGACCGCGAUUAUCCGGAUGUCAUGAUCCUCACAAAGCAUAAGAUUGUUGAAGUCGUUUCACACAAAGAUGACGCGUACAUCUACGCGAAAGUCGAGCUCCCCGGCGAGAAGCACGUCAACUUCUGGUCGGUGCACGCGGAGGCAAGAGCCUACGGCCCCUACCUCGCCUACAACAAGCUGGUCACCAACAUCUCGCAGAUUCUCAGCGCCGAACAUGCCGGGAAGGAAGGCCGUGCCGAAGAACUUGGUGGCCUCUUGGCCAGCCCAGAGAUGGCAGCAGCCCUGAAAAUCGUCGCUCAAGUCCCGAUCGUCGUCGCUGGAGACUUCAACGUCCCUAGCCAUCAAGACUGGGGCGAGGACACAAAGUCGAUCCACGGGGGCUGGGCAGUGCCAUGGCCAGCCACCAAGGAGUUGACCGAUCAGGGAUUUGUGGACAGCUACCGGGCGCUUUUUCCGGAUCCGGUCAAAGAUCCGGCCCGAACCUGGUCCACCUGCAAUAAGAUGAAUAGCGAAUAUCAUUACGCCUUCGAGGAGGCACAAGACCGAAUUGACUUCAUCUUCUAUCAGGGUCGCGUGAAGCCCUCCAGGACCCAAAUGUACGGCGGAAGCGUCCCGAUCAAGCCGAUUCCAUUCCAUGCCGAGAAUGACUACCCCUCAGACCAUUUUGCUAUUGACGGCGUGCGCGUACCCCAUGGAUCCUGUAAAUACAUGAAUAGUAUAUGGACGCGACAUCGAAUUGCUUUUAAGAGACUCUUACUUAUUCCCACAAUUCUAUGUGUGCCUGCCCCACACGUGUACAACUUUUGGUGGUAUUUGGUGCAGCAGCCUGAAGAAAACGAGGAUAUCGACAUCAAGCAGUCCUUCGUCAUUAUCGACGCCUGCCGGUCGAUAAUCGCGCUCCUCCUGGGCGCCCUGAUGACAAUUGGCGUCUAUAAAAAAUACCCAACUCCGCUUCUCUGCUAUUCGUCAUAUUUGAUAUUCUUCUGCCUAGUCUUCCUAAUCGACACGGUCACCGGAUUCUCCAACAAAGGCUUCUGGCUCGCCCUCGGCAGCAUGCUGAUCUAUUUCAGCUAUGGUAGCGUGAUGCUCUAUGAAUCCCGUGUUCCGUACGAAUUGGUGGACAUUGGGGCCAACCUGGGCCAUCCCUCCUACAAGAAUGAUUUCGAGGAGGUGAUCAAGCGAGCGAAAGAAGCGGGCAUCAAAAAACUGAUGCUCACCGGCACCUCGGAGGAAAUCAGUCAAUCGGUGUGCAAGCUGGCCGAACGGGAGCCCGGGUUUUUAUACUUUACGGCCGGCGUCCACCCUCACGAUGCCAAAGAUUUCAAAGAAGACACUCUGGAUACAUUGAGAACGCUGUGGGCGCACCCGCAAUGCGUGGCCGUUGGUGAAUGCGCGGUUAUUCAUUGCUUUACCGGAACCGUCAAGGAGGCCGAGCGGUUUAUCGAGCUUGGGUUUUAUAUAGGAUUGACAGGAUUUUUGUGGAAAGACCGACUGCCGAACGGUGUGAAAGUCGCCCUGAAGACGGGCGCUAUCCCCCUAAAUCGGUUGGUGCUCGAAACCGACGCUCCAUUCAUGUUCCCGAAAGUCAACGACAAGAAGAUACCGAAGGAAAUCAGGGACAAGUUGACCGAGCCGGCGCUGCAAUUGCAUAAG